GAGUAAGAAAUCAUUUCAGAUGUCUUAAGAUGGCUACGUAUCACCUAGUGACUCUGUUUCUAAUUUAUGUUGAUAAUCUUGGAAGGAAACGUGCUGAAAACUCACUGGUUUAGAAAAUUCGGGGUCCGAGUCGCGCUUCCUUUAGGAAGAUUUCUCUGGGGAUUUUUCCUUGGGGACUCCUGAGCCACUGGCUCUAACCCAGUGCUCUGUAUCUAAUAUUGGAUUGAAGGGAUCCAUUCCACCUCAGAAUCUCUUUCCUGGGCAAAACUGAAAGGAUUAGACUGGAUGACCUCUGCGACUUCUCCAAUGGGAUAUAGAGUAGGCAUCUGAAACUCAACCUGUACGUUAGUACAGAUCAAGAAGAGAAGAGCUCACAGGACAGAGCCUCCUAGACACCUAGAGGACUUGAUUUGGAGGAGGUUCCAGCAAUGGAGACAAAGAAAGAUCAGUCAGAAAAAUAGAAGAACCAGGAGAGAGGGAUGUCUUAAAGCCCUGGAGAGAAGAGGUGACCAAUAAUGUCAGGGCACAGAAGACCAUCAGAUGGCAAGGAAGACCAGUUUGAGAAAACCAAUGAAAUGGUCUUGAACUUUAACAAACUGUCCAACAUCUACAUGCAGCACAUGAGUGAGCAUUUCACACACCAGUCCAAGACAAUGAUGGAGAUGAGGAAGGACCUGGACAGUAUCUACUUCAGGCUCCAGACUCUGAAAAUCAAGCUGUCAAAGGAGUACCAAAAUGCUUUUAAUCAUAUCCAUGAGUCUCCCAUCCCAGAGGAGGAGGAAGAUGAUGACGUGUACCUCACCCCGGCCAGCCCGGCUACCACCAUUGCUACCUCAGAGCAGAGUAAGAGGUCCUGUGACCCAAGCCCAGAUAUCACCUCUCCAGUUCUGAGCCCAUUCUCUGAAGAUUUAUCCCAAGAGAACCUGGACUCUCCAGAUGUGAAUAAGGAGAGCCUGACAGGUGCUGAGGAUGGUGGUGAAAGGGCAUGAGAGGAGGAGCUGCCCUCUACACCAAGUCAGGAUGGCCUUCCCAUCUUCCAGCAUCCUGGAAAUGUGGUCCUGACUGGUCCUACCACAGCUUAGAACAAGACACCUGGCAGGAGACAACUCCAGAAAGGAUUCACCUCUGGACUUGGAGGAUCCAUGGAGCCUUGCCCCUGGGGCUGAAGGCAGGGGUUGGGGGGAUGGUCAUAUAGUGGGUUUCUCCAGUUUUUUUUUUUGGUUAAUGCUUUUCUAUUGAUAUCUCGCUCCCCAAGAUCCUUUCUUCCCUGACCCCCAACCCCAGUUCCUAGUGUUUCUGCACAUAUGAAGCCAAGCCUAGGCUCUUCCAGACCUACUUCUUGGGAUCCUGGCAUCCCACAGGUUGGUUCUAAGCCCUGAAUUAGUAAGAACGUUCCUAGACUUGACUCCUAGAUGAUGUCCCUUUCCAGCCCUGGCUCAGAGGCCAUUUGUCCAUAAUUCAUUACAGUUGUUCCUGUUAGGAAAUUCAGAGCCAGAGCCUGACUCAGAGGCCUACUGAUUGUGGCUUCAACUCAUACUUAUGCUAACCCUUCUCCUUCCUGGUACAGACAGACAGACACACACACACAACACGUACUUGGGCACAACAUAUACACAGAUGCGUAUCCAUGUAUUCAUGCUCAUGCUUACACAUAUUAGGCACCAAGUAUUUUCUUCUGUUGGUACCUUUAGGGCUUGUUUAAAACAAGGAAAGUUUUUGAGAUGGCUCUUCAAAGGAAGUUGUUUACUCUCAUUUGAGCAGAGACCAUCCACCAUUUAUUUUUCUGUGGAGAGAGGAGAAAGAAGUACCAACCCACUGCCUCCUCUUCCUCCUCUCCCUCCUUCCCUUCUGCAGGGUCCUCACCCCAGUAAGUAGGGAUAUCUUUGGAAAUAAAGUUUAAUUGACUAUU